AUGGAAGGCAAGAUGAUUGGUCCGGGUCCGUAUAGGGCAACAAAACUGUGGAAUGAAAUUAUAAAGCUCUUCCGUGGAGGUAUGCCUUUGCGAAGACACUGGGUGCAUUUCCGCAGCUAUGACAACAGUUUCACCGCAUCAGAGGCCGUUGAUUACCUACACCAACUUCUGAAACGCAAUCAUAACUUUGGACCAGAGGUGACGCGCUAUCAGACUCUCCAGCUGCUCAGAAAAUUCUUGAAAAACCAUGUCAUUGAAGAUAUCAAAGGGCGCUUUGGUAGAGAAGAUUUUGAAGACAACGGACAACUGUACAGAUUUCCCCCGCGGUCUCCCCUUAAGCCUCUGCCCAAGCGAACACCAUGCAAGGAGAUCAACAGCUUUCCACGGAUUCCACAGUGGGACGACUACGAAGGGGUUCCAGAACCGGACCAUGUUCCCAUGAAACCUCUUGUUUUAAACUCGGAGAACUGGAACAAGAGGCAUAGCAUAGCGAUCGGAGAGGUGCCGCGAUGCAAACUGAUUCAGAGGCGAGAGAUCGAACCGCGACACGUCGGUCAGGUCUGGAAGUCUAUGACGCUGACUCAUUUACAGAGGGUCUUGGGCUUAUCGUCGUUGGAUGGAGUACUGGACGCCACGCUCGUGCAUUCAAAGCACAUAAUGCACAACGUGUUCAGUGUUAACAAACAAGGGGUCGUUAUUCUGAAAAACAAAGCAGAUGACCUGCCACACUGGGUUCUGUCAGCUAUGAAAUGCUUGGCAAACUGGCCCAACGGAAGUGACGCUAGACAGCCCAUGUACCCAGGCUUUGAGAGAGAUGUCUUCAGAACCGUGGCUGAGUACUUCCACAGACUGAGAGAACCUCUGCUGACCUUUCACCUGUACGAGGUGUUUGUCAACAUUUUGGGUCUCCUUCAGAAGCAGCAGGUUGCCAGUGAAGCGUUACAGGUCUGCUGCCUCCUCCUGCCCUCUGCCAACCGCCGUAAACUGCAGCUGCUGAUGCGUCUGAUGGGGCGAGUGUGCCAUAACCCCACACUCCCUCCCCUUAAUGACGCCAUAGCAACCCGGACCCUGAUGGUGCAGACCUUCUCUCGCUGCAUCCUGCGCUCUGCGGACGAGGUUGAUCUGGACGAGCUGUUGGCCACCAAGCUGGUCACGUUUAUGAUGGACCAUCACGAGGACAUCCUCAAAGUGCCGUCCACCCUGCAGAGAUCUGUGGAGGACCAUCUUUCCCACCUGCGCAGGGCUCAGAUAAAAUACGCUGGCGCAGACACGGACACCUCUGUGCUGUCUCCGUCGCGUUCCUUCUGCAGACAGAUCAGCAGAGAGGAGUUCGAGGAGCAGAGAGUCACUGCUUCUCAGGGAGCGAUGGCCGAACUGCUGGAAAACAUCAUUCAAGACAAGAACAUGUCCGUCAAGGACAAGAAAAAGAAACUGAAACAGUUUCAGAGAUCUCAUCCUGACAUCUAUAAAAGACGUUUCCCCACGGCGGAGAGCGAAGCGGCCGUGUUUCCGGAGCGAACGCAGCGCCUCAAGCCCCAGAUGAUGUUCCUCGCCUUGAGGAAACCCCUCCAGCCUUUCCAGAGGAGCUGGAGCUUCCGAGCCUGA